AUGAAAAGGUCAACGUUAACCUCUUUUAAACCCAUCAAUCUAACCAACAUGUCUGUUAGUAUAGAUGCCAAUAACUUCCACCGUCGGUUGUCGGUGGUUCAGAAGAAUAUGACUGCGAGCUCGCAGGGUGCGAUUCUACUCUUUGUCGGUGCCUCUGACGAUGAAAACACUUACAAGAAGACCACUGUCUUUCAAACAUGGUUGACUGGAUAUGAAUUAGCAUCGACUGGAUUCUAUGUAACUCAGGAUAAAUGUGUAAUCAUCACUUCAGCCAAAAGUGCCCGUCAUUUCAAACACUUGCUGCAAAAACCCACUUCAAAUUCAAGUUCUGUAGAAAUUUGGGAAAGAUCUAAAGAUGACUUAGAGGCAAAUAAAGCUCUUUUCAACAAAUUGGGCGAUGAAUUGAAGCUGUUGGAGAAGCCAACUGGGCAUGUUGCCAAGGAUAAAUACCGUGGGAAGUUCAUUGAUGAAUGGGAAGCCGUGGUAAAGGAAAAAGAUUUAAAGUUUGUUGACAUUGCUCUUCUUAUCUCUGAAUCUAUGGCCAUUAAAGAUGGUGGAGAACUUACCUCUACCAAGAUUGCUGCCAAGUCUACCGUUGUAAUGAUGGAUAACUUUGCCAAUGAAAUGAUGACCGCUGUGGAUGAAGAAUUGAAAAUAUCAAAUGCUUCACUUGCCGAUAAAAUUGAACUGAAAAUUGAUCUGGAUAAAUGGUUCAAUAAGAGUGCUAUGGGUAAGAAAUUACUUGUUCAAGAUAAAUCUUUUGAACAAGACUUGGUUGAUUGGUGUUAUUCUCCAAUUGUACAAAGUGGGGGUAAAUAUGACCUCAAGCCAAGUGCUCAAUCAAAUAAAAAUUUGUUGGUUGGUGAAGGAGUCAUUUUGGCCUCUUUAGGGUUAAGAUACAAGUCUUAUUGUUCCAAUAUUGGCCGUACAUUCCUUAUUGACCCAACCAAGGAAAUGGAAACGAAUUAUGAUUUUUUGAUAAAAUUACAAGAACAUAUUGUUCAAAAGGAAUUGGUUCUGGGUAAGACUUCAGCUGAAGUGUAUAAUGCCACUGUAGAGUAUGUUAAGCAAGAGAGACCAGAUUUGGUUCAAUACUUGACGAAAAACAUUGGAUGGUCCAUUGGUAUUGAAUUCAGAGAUUCCACUUUUGUAUUGAACGGGAAGAAUGAAAGAAAGUUGGAAGUGGGUAAUAUCAUUGCCCUUACUGUGGGAUUCCAAGGAUUGAGUCUGGGAAAGAAAGAAUACUCAUUAUUAUUGGCUGACACCUUCAAAGUGGAACUGGGUGAAGCUCAAUUAUUGACCAGUUAUAGUAAGGGUAGAUCUGAAGUUAGCUUUUUCUUUAAAGAAGAACCACAAGAUUCCAAAGCUGAUGCUUCCAAGGCUUCUUCCGCUUCUUCAUCAAAAUUGAAAUCAGAGAAAAAUAUUAAAAUUGAAAAAAAUCUUGCCAUUAAUGAAGCAAAUUCUAAAAUUCUCAAGAAUAAACUUCGUAAUGAGUCCAAGGCUUCUGAUGAUAAUGCUAAUUCUGAGAAAAUUCGUCAACAAAUCCAAUUAAAAUUACACGAAAAGAGACAACAAGAAGGAUUGGCCAGAUUUUCUAAAGCUGAUGCUACCGAUUCAUCUGACUUCAAGCCAGUGUUCAAGAAAUAUGAGUCAUAUGUCCGGGAGUCACAGAUCCCUAGUAAUGUUCGUGAUCUCAAGAUCCAUGUGGAUUAUAAGGCACAAACGAUCAUUUUACCUAUUUGUGGUAGACCAGUACCAUUCCAUAUAAAUUCUUUUAAAAAUGGAUCUCAGAAUGAAGAAGGUGAGUUUACCUAUCUUAGACUUAACUUCAACUCCCCAGGGUUGGGUGGGAUGAAUUCCAAGAGAACUGAACUUCCAUAUGAAGACAGUCCAGAAAAUUCCUUUUUAAGAUCGGUCACUCUUCGUUCAAGAGAUCGUCAAAGAAUGGUUGAUGUAUACAAGGCCAUCCAAGAUCUUAAGAAGGAUUCUGUUAAGCGGGAACUGGAAAGAAAGCAAAUGGCAGAUGUUGUCACUCAAGCCAACUUGGUGGAAUUGAAAGGUUCUAGAGUCAAGAAGCUUGAACAAGUGUUUAUCCGUCCACAACCAGACACCAAGAAGAUUGGAGGUGUUUUACAAAUCCAUGAGAAUGGUUUGAGAUACAUUCUGACAUUUAGAAACGAUCACAAGGUUGAUGUAUUGUUCCUGAACAUCAAACAUCUUUUCUUCCAACCAUGUAAAGACGAAUUGAUUGUAGUGAUUCAUUGUCACUUGAAGAACCCAAUCAUGAUCGGGAAAAAGAAGACCCAUGAUGUUCAAUUCUACAGAGAAGCCAGUGAUAUUGCCUUUGAUGAAACUGGAGGUCGUAAGAGAAGAUACAGAUAUGGAGAUGAAGAUGAAUUACAACAAGAACAAGAAGAACGUAGAAGAAAGCAACUUUUGGAUAAGGAAUUCAAGGCAUUUGCAGAACUUAUUGCUGAUUCUUCUCAUGGAGCCAUUGAUUUGGAUAUCCCAUUCCGUGAGUUGGGAUUCCAAGGUGUUCCUUUCAGAUCUGCUGUGUUGUGUAUGCCUACAAGAGAUUGUUUAAUUCAAUUGAUUGACCCUCCAUAUUUGGUGGUUACAUUGGAAGAAAUUGAAAUUGCUCAUUUAGAAAGAGUUCAAUUUGGUUUGAAGAAUUUCGAUUUGGUUUUCGUUUUCAAAGAUUUUAACAAACCUGUCGUUCAUAUCAACACCAUACCGAUUGAAGAUUUGGAAGAUGUCAAGUCAUGGCUUACGGAUGUGGACAUUCCUAUCAGUGAAGGUCAAAUGAACUUGAAUUGGGGUACAAUUAUGAAGACUGUUCAACUGGAUCCAUAUCAAUUUUUCGCCGAUGGUGGUUGGGUCUUUUUGACUGGUGACGGUACUCUGGACUCUGAAGGCGAAGACGACGAAGAGUCCGAGUUUGAAGUCAGUGAUGUUGAUCCAAGUGACGAGGAUGUUGAAAGUGAACCAGAGCUGGAAGACGACUAUUCCAGUGAUGGUGGAAGUGAUGCCAGUGGCAGUGAAAUGGAUGAUGAAAGUGAAGGAGAAGAUUGGGAUGAAAUGGAGAAAAAGGCUGCCAGAGAAGACCAAAGAUUGGGCAGAGAACGUUAA